AAGAAGGGGGGGGGGAAGAAAUACUGAGGAAACAGAACUCUCUAAAGAUCCAAACUCUUUCUUCCGUUUAAUUUUCUUUCUGUAAGUAAGGAGAAAGGGGAAUUGGUUAUUUCCCAUCUUCCUUUUUUGGAAAUAGCGUUAGUCUUUCAUUGAUUUAUUCAUUCUUCUUCUUCUUCCUGUGAGUCAAAGUCACAGACAUUAAGGACACAACUAGAAGGCCCACACUGAAGAUUCGAAGAUGAACACCACCAACAUGUCCAUCAAAUGUGUCCGGGACACCAGCGUAACAGCUGUGGUCUUUCCCUGUUUAUACAGCAUCCUCUUUAUAACUGCCUUGAUACUGAACUCCCUGGCUGCAUGGAUCUUCUUCACUAUCCCCAGCACCUCAACGUUUGUGGUCUUUUUGAAAAAUGUGGUGGUAGCUGACUUGCUGAUGACCCUGACCAUCCCUCUGAAAGUCUUGAGUGAUGCAGGUGUGGGUAGCUGGCAUCUACGUGCCUUCCACUGCCGAUACUCUGGAGUUCUCUUUUACCUCACUAUGUACAUCAGCAUCCUGCUGCUGGGCCUGAUCAGUCUGGACCGCUACCUGAAAAUUGUCAGGCCCUUUGGAAAGUGCGCCCUGCAGCGGGUUUGUGUUGGUCAGGUGCUGAGUGUAGCUGUCUGGGUGGUAAUGUUUUUUUUAGCACUACCCAAUGUUAUUUUAAGUGACCAGCAACCGCAGGUGUCUGAAGGCAGACUGAAGUGCACGUCCAUGAAGAGUGCCGCCGGACGGAUGUGGCACGAGGCAAUUAAUUACUUCUCUCAGGUGGUUUUUUGGGGCACGCUGUCUCUGAUGGUGGUUUGUUACACGUUCAUCAGCAAGAAGGUUUACGAGUCAUACAAAGCCUCAAAGAGCCGAUCACAGACGACCAUUCGCAGAACCAAGUCAAAGGUCUUUGUGGUGGUGGGGGUGUUUUUCAUCUGCUUUGCCCCCUUCCACUUCGCUCGUGUUCCCUACACUUUGACCCAAACCCGCAGCUUGGUGAGUCACUGCCAGGGACAGAAUGCACUCUACAUCGCCAAGGAAACCACCUUGUGGCUAUCAGCCACUAAUGUGUGCCUGGAUCCACUUAUCUAUGUGUUCCUGUGUAAGGUGUUUCGGAGACGACUGACAGCCACUUUCUGCCGUAAGACCCUCCACACAGGUACCCCAGAAUCUCCCACGGUAACAUCAACUCAAAUGGAAAUGUCUCAGUUGGCCCACACUAACAAACUGUCAGAUAAUGGGAUUCCACUGUAAGAUAAUGGACAGUGCACAAUGGGACGCCACUGUGACCAUUUACUUGUAAAUAGCAUUUUAUGUCAAUAAAGGUUGUAAAAAUUAAAGCAGGGUGAUGGACAUCUGGUAAAUGGACGAUGACUAUUGAUGAGGACAAUUGUGUUGUUUGUGUUUUAUGAAAGCUGUCCUGGAUUUUUGAUACUGUGCUAACUGAAACGCCUCUUCCCCUUGUUUGCUAAGUCAUCAGAUGUGUUUGCUUAACUGUACUUAAUGUCCUUUUCUACUUCCUUUUCUCUAAUCUCGCUCAAACUGCACUUUCCCUUUGACUAAUGGUUAAAUAACACGACGGGGAAAAAAAAAAAAAAUGUGACCAAGGACUGAUAACGAACGACUGCUGUUGACAUUGCUUACAGCUGCUCUCUGUGCAAUAUACUGUAAAUAACAACAAUAAAAAUAAUACUUUUUG